AUGUGGCUUCAAUGCUUCUCCGCUAAAUCGCACUUCGGACCAAGAGGUGAACAAAGUUAUCAUCGCCUGAAAAUAGUGAAGGAAAUUGCCGAUAGGAUAUUGUUGGGUCAUAUGCUGAGCCAUGCUGAUCAAGAAGGACGUUACAGCGUUGUCUUAGUUGCUACCGCGGACAAGGACUUUACGUAUGCAACUAGGGAUUUAAGAGAACAUGGUUAUAAAAUACUCUCAGUUGUUAUGGAUGGAAGAGAAUCAAAGGUGGCCGAAGAAUCAACUGCUUAUUGGUAUUGGAAUGACAUGCAAGAAGGAAAUACCGACGCGACUGUUAAUUCUAGUACUCAUAGUCGAAGGCGUUAG